AAAAAUGAAUAAAUAAAUACAAAAAAAAAAUAAAUAAAAUAAAAUAAAUAAAUACAAAAUCAUUUGAAAUCCACUUUUGAAACACCCUAUAUGUAUAUGAAUGCGAUUACUGCGUAGAGAACAUGACAGUGUAGAUUUACUAGAUGAAAAUGUUUUUCUUUUUCAAUAACUUCAAUAAAUUCGAUGAUAAAUCCGAGUUUAAAUAAUGCAUUUGAUACUUGAAUACACGAAUCUUCCCGUAAAUUUAAUAAUCUUAAAAUAAGUUUUCUGUGCUUGAGAUAUUAAUGUAUUUCUCCAUCAUGUCAACGUUUAUUCACGCAUCGUAAAUUUUUAUUCAGGAUCGUAAGAUAAACGUAAAGACUUCGAGAUGGCUACCAAAACUGAUGACGCAGCGUCUAUCGACAAUCCUAAUGAUGGGGAGAGUCUUGAUAAAGAAAUAUUGAUGAUCGGUGAAAACGAUGGAGGAAGAAUUCCACCGACGUAUUUGUAUAAUACGGGAUCGGAACAAAGUACAGGAAUCUCCGACCAAGAACAAACCGUUCGAAAUCGUACUCCAGGCAACGAGGAUCAAUUAGGUCCGUUACCAAGUAAUUGGGAGAAGGCGUACACGGACACAGGAGAAGUUUAUUUCAUAGACCACAACACGGGCACAUCUCAUUGGCUAGAUCCACGUCUGUCGAAAUUUCAAAAGAGAUCUCUGGAAGAAUGUCUCGACGACGAAUUACCCUACGGUUGGGAAAAAAUCGACGACACCCUAUACGGUACAUAUUUUAUCGAUCACGUAAAUCGUAGAACGCAAUACGAAAAUCCGGUCUUGCAAGCGAAGAGAGCGCAACAGAACUUGCUCGAGAGGAAGAGUCCCAACUUCACCAGAAAUCCCGACAAACUCAAAGGUCAGAGGAUACGAACUGCCUUGAUAAAGAGUUCACGGGGCUUGGGAUUUACCAUUGUCGGCGGUGAUGACACCGUGGAAGAAUUCCUGCAAAUUAAAAGCGUCGUGCCAAAUGGUCCAGCAUGGUUGGAUGGGAAACUACAAACCGGAGACGUGUUAGUAUACGUUAAUGACACCUGCGUGCUAGGAUUUACCCAUAAUGAAAUGGUGAAUGUAUUCAAGUCAAUCGGUAGCGGUGAGACAGUAAGUUUGGAAGUGUGUCGAGGUUAUCCAUUGCCUUUUGACCCCAACGAUCCUAAUACGGAGGUUGUAACAACGAUCGCCGUCAAUGCGCCAGAAGAUCCUGCGAUGUACAUGGAUCUAAACUCGUCUCUUCAGGAUAAUGGACGUUUCAAUUUUCUGGAUUCCACAUUCUUGCCAGUGCAUAAUCUUCAAAACGGCGAGAAUCUCGCCACAACGUCGGUCAAUUCGAUGCCCGAUCUCUGCAUUUCGGACAAAAUCAACACGAUUAAGAGACCGAGCAGCACGGACAUUCUGCUAUCGGAGAGCAGCGAUUUGAACGAUUGUAAGAACUCGCCGGUGUCUUCCAAGCCGGAAUUUCUCAGCAUCGCCAUCGUGAAGGGGGCCAUGGGAUUUGGAUUUACGAUAGCAGACUCUGCCCAUGGCCAGAAAGUCAAGAAGAUCCUGGAUCGUCAGCGUUGCAAGAAUUUAAUGGAGGGCGAUAUACUAGUUAACAUAAAUGAGAUCAACGUCAGAAACAUGUGCCACUCGGAGGUGGUGCAAGUACUGAAGGAUUGCCCCCGCAACGAGGAGGCAUUGAUACACGUUCAACGAACGACAACAAAGUCGACGAAAGAGAAGAAAGAGAAGAAUAUGCAGGACUUUUUCAGAAGUAAGACGCCCACCGCAGAUAUUUAUAGCACUCAAUCAAAGACGAUAAUACCUAGUAGACCAAAAACGCCACUGAUCGACACCAGGAAUCAUCCUAAAUCACCAACUAGCGCGAGCAGAUCGAACUGGAACGACGAACAAGGAGAAAAUGAAUUGAAUCCGCUGGAUAAUCACUAUAAAUAUGCCGAUUAUUCACACGGAAUGUAUUAUUCGGAUCCGUAUAAAGCUAAUAUUACAGCCAACUUGUCAGACAAUUUCACGGUGAUGAAUCUCGACGACGAUUCCGUCAGGAAUGUGUCGAAACGCGACUGGAUUGCGAAUGAUAAAUUGAAUAUCAACAAUGAUGUGUAUUCCAUCGACAUCUCCCACCACGACAAUAUGCUCAAGCAGAAUGGAUAUUUGCAUUCCGAUUACUACAAGGACGUCUAUCCCGUUCAAUCGCAUUCCCAAUAUAACGAGGAUUAUAGUAUGUAUUCCAUUGGACAGGAGCAAAACGUUGAUACCGGCGAAAUCUGGGAUAAGAGAAAAGAAACGACCAGUUUCGAACACGAACAGCCACAUUCCAGUUCUAUAUCUCGGUAUCCUCAAUACACAAGCGAAUUGGUUUGUCCAAUGGUUCCCGAUAUAGAAUGGAUAGAAACUCUAGUGACUUUGGUCAGACAAGAUACUGGAUUUGGAUUCAGAAUAGUGGGUGGUACGGAAGAAGGAUCUCAGCAGGUUUCGGUGGGUCAUAUAGUUCCCGGUGGAGCGGCCGAUCUUGAUAGCAGACUCAAUACUGGCGAUCUGAUCAUGUCUGUCGACGGGGAAAGCGUCAUGAAUUCUUCUCAUCAUCACGUGGUGCAGUUAAUGAUAGCAGCGGCACAAAACGGACGAGUAACUCUAGGAAUACGACGUCGAAUCAAUACACAGGAACACCUUCAAGAGAACCUUCAGUCCUCUUAUGGUCGGCAGAUGAAUCUUCAGUAUCCAUAUGAUGUUACCGUCACUCGAAUGGAGAACGAAGGAUUCGGUUUCGUGAUAAUCUCUUCCGUUAACAAAGCCGGCUCUACGAUCGGCAGGAUAAUUGAAGGCUCACCUGCUGAAAGAUGCGGGAGAUUGAACGUCGGAGAUCAUAUUCUCGCUGUCAAUCACAUCGAUAUCACGAACGUUUGCCAUAAGGACAUUGUCAAUUUAAUCAAAGAUUCUGGUUAUUCUGUCACAUUGACGAUUGGAUAUCCGCUUGAUGAUUGCUGUAGCAAUACAUCUCUUUCCCAAAAGGAUGAACUUACAGGAGAUGGAGAUGGGGGCCAGUAUCAUGCUGUAGAGCUCACUCGGGGUACCCGAGGUUUUGGCUUCAGCAUACGCGGUGGUCGCGAGUUUCAAAACAUGCCGUUAUUCGUCUUGCAGAUCGCUGAGAACGGACCAGCGUCUAUUGACAAUCGGCUUAGAGUUGGAGAUCAGAUAAUCGAGAUAAACGGUAUUAAUACCAAAAACAUGACGCAUACAGAAGCGAUUGAGAUUAUACGUAACGGUGGACCAUCUGUUCGUCUGUUAGUACGACGUGGCUGCCAAAUGCCUUCAGUGGUAGGUGCUCCUCCACAUCUCUACGAUAUGAACAUAUAGACAAUUAACCUUUUGAUAAUAACAUAUUAAUUUUAACUUAACGACAUUUUUUCCCCUCUUUUGAUGAUACUAAUGCUAACAUUAGUAUUAUAUAGAAUUUUUUUGAUGAUCUGGAAGACAGAGAGCUUCAGGGUAUAUAACAUUAGGUACUAUGCUAAGUGGAAAAAAAAAUGGACGACAAUACAAGAAAAAAAGAAUCUCGGAUAGACAAUUACGUUGCUGUAAUAAUUCGAUAUUAUAAUGAAAAUAGUAAUAUGUUUGAUAUCGAUAUAUUAAUGAGAAGGAUAUGUUAUAUUGCAUAAAGCUCUUAAAAAAUCUUAUGCAAUUUCUAAAUCGAUAGAAACAAAAUACGAUAUGAUUUGUGAAAAUUAUACAUAUUACUCUCAUUUUUAUAAUUAGUAUAUAUUGUGUGAUAUUUUUACUUGUUUUCAGUGAGUUUUCAGUUUUAUAUAGUCAUGGAUUUAAUGUACCAUAAAUUUUUAAUUCCCAUGAAUGAAAAUGUUUACUUGAUUUUGUUUAAAACUAGCACUAAGCUAAAUUUAAUAACACCAAAUGAUGAUGAUUGACUUUCAAAGAUAAGUAACAAAGCGCGGUAACGAUAAAAAGUUUCUUUAAUUAUUGUGCUCAUGCAGAUAGAUGUAUUAAAUAUUCUCUAAUGAGAGAAAUGAUAUAAGGAACACACACAGAUGACUUUUUUUCUUGCAGCUAUCAUUACGCAGCUUGCAAAAGUUUUAAUAUAAGGACAAUCGUACUUGCUCAUCCUAACAAAAUUAGGCUGGUGCUAACCUAGUUUUUUUUUUUAUUAAUCUAAUUGCAGAGUAAAUGUAAUUUAUCCUAACAUGUGUGAUAGCUUUGAAAGUAUUGUGCCUUGUUACACGUGUGUUCCGUAUUUAAUGAAAAUUACUAAGCAAAUAUCACAGCCUUCAAAAGUGAUUAUAAACGUACAUUGAAAUUCAUUAUAGAGUAAUCUCACAAUCGACCAAAUAAGUAUUCGACCGAACGAUGAGGGCAAGCAUUUAUCGAAAUUACCCGAGAGGGGUGUGCCCUCCAAAAAACGUCAGAAAGUUCGAUUUUCCAUUUCAUUGAACUGCUGUUCAUCCAAAAAUAGAUACUCUUAAGCGCUUUUAGACGUGUUUUUACAUCUCUCGCGAAUUGUAUGAAAUAAGUUAAUAUCUCAUAAGAGAUAUAAAAUUUACUUUAUGGAGAGAGCAAUCCUUUCAGAAUGCAUUUACUCGGAAACGCCUUUAAGCGUAGACUGCUGUAGUUUUUUUUUUUUUUUAAAGGAGAAAAAUUUAUUAAUUUAUUCAAAAAUGUGAAUAUAAAUCAUAAAUGAUUUAUACUAGUAUAUAGAGAUGUAUUGAAAAUGACACAGUGUGUAAAGUGUCAAGAGUAUAAAAUUGCAAGUACUAUCUAUUUAUUAAUGCAAGUAGCAUUGAUACAUAUAAAGAAUCUCAGAAUACGAUAUGUUAUAUUAUAUAGAGACACGACACAAGGGACAGCUGUAUAUCCAUAUGCUGUCGAGGUGAUAUUGUAGACUGGCAAUUAUAUAUAUAUAUAUUAUAUAUAUAAAUUUAUUAUCUGCUCUUCUCAAUAAUGUUUCAAAGUAUAGACUUUUAAAAUUUAGACUCCUAUCAUAAAUACCAUUUUGUGAAUUUUUUUUAUAUAGUGACAUAAUUGUGGCCUUGACGAUAAAAUGUUACGCUUUUUGGCAAAAAGUAUAGAAAAAAGUAUUAACAAUCAUUUAAUUAUUCUUAUCUGAUUCUAUUGUUUUGAAUUAUUAUCAAGAUUUUAGAAUUCUAUCAUUAUUUUAUUUUCCCUUUUUCCUAAAUAUUUAUUACCACUUAUAUGAAAUGUAUAUGUAUGUCAGUAAUUAAAAUUAAGGACUCAUACAACCAAAGAAGCAAAUGCACUUAUCAGCCAUUUUGUUUUGAGGUACAGUGUGUGAUGGGAGAUCAAUAUUAACAAAUUUAUUAUUAUUAUAAUUACUUAAUCAAUCUUGUCUUUUUCGAGCGACUUAAUCUUUUACUUAGGACGAACGGAGCAAAAUUAUAAUGGAGAAGGAAUUUAAUAAAAGUUUCUUCUUCAUUCUUCCUGUCUUUUUUCGAUAUUUAUGAAAGAGUUACAUGUUAUAAAAGAGAACAACGUAUAUAUUUUUUUACUUGUAAAGUAAUGAGAGAUUGUAGAGAGAUUGUCUAGCACGAUGUACUAAUGAGACAAAAAAAGGAAAGGUAAACACUAGAUUAUAUUUCUAGAUCUCAGGAUUGGGGUGUAUAAGAAAAAAAGAACGCGACGUAUUAUAUAUGUAUGUAUAUGUAUGUAUAUAUUAUAUACACAUAUACAUAUAUAUGUAUAUUUAUAGAUGGGCGAGAAUUUGUUUAUCAUUAUAUAUAUAUAUAAUAUAUACGUGUGUAUAUAUACAAUAUAUAUAAUAUUUAAACGAACAAUUCAACAAUGUAUAGGUGAUAAGCAUCAGCAAACGCAUUUAAUCGGAUCAUACAGUAUCCAUUUUAUAUAUAGAUUUAUAAUCAUCGCGUUUAUUUUUUAUAAUUAUAUAUAUAAAAUAUUUGUAUAGCAUGUAGGAUAUGAUAAGUUUAGCAUAAUAUGUGUAUAUACUUGUUUUUCUAAAGGAUAAUGUUGAUAAUUUAUAAGGCUAUUAUAAGAAGCAAUAACGCGUCAAUCAUUGUUUUCCCGGUUCGAAAUUUAUAUAUUUGCGGAAAAAUCCGAGUCUUCUUUACUACUCGUUUUAGCUUUACUCUUGCCAAAACUGCAGAUACAUUGUACUUUUCGCAUUUUCUAACGCGAUAUACUAUGAGUUAGGCUAUUUCUCAUAAAUAUAUGUAUACAAUUAUGGUGAAUGAUUUAGGAUUAAUUGAA